GCUAUUGGCGCGUGGAUUUCCCGAUGCACGGAUAACCUGUCGCCGGUGAGAGCAGAAGCACCAAGAGUUCCAGAAGUAUUAUCCAUCACCAGAGAAAGCUGCAAGCGAAAAUGAGCAGCGGAUCCGUCUCACUCGCUUUGUUGGUGCCGUUCCUGUCGAGAAGCCGGGCCAAAUCUCAGAUUCCACCGGAAAUUUUCCGCUCCGGGAUCCGGAAAUUGUCCCGGAAGAUUUGUUGUAACGGUACAGACAGCUCUUCUGGGAGCACUAAAAUUGAACAGCAACAGCUUAACCUCUCGGUUCUUCGUUUCACUCUCGGAAUACCUGGAUUGGAUGAAUCGUAUUUACCGAGAUAUAUAGGGUACGCAUUUGGUUCGUUGUUAUUGUUGAAUCACUUUGCAGGCUCGGAUUCAUCAACCAUCACUGCAGCCCAGCUGAGAACAGAGGUGUUAGGCCUUUUUCUUGCUGCCUUCUCUGUAGUAGUCCCCUACCUUGGGAGAUUUCUUAAGGGGGCUGUUCUAGUUAACGAAAGAAAUGUUCCUGAUGGUGCUGACCAAACCUUUGUCAUGUCACAAAAUGUUCCGGAUACUCUGAAGGAGGAUUUGGCUUGGGGAUCAUAUGUUCUGUUGCGCAAUACAAACACCAUAUCAGUGCUUAUCUCAACUCAAGAUGCACUGUGUGUGCGAGGCUACUGGACAACUCCUCAAGAUGUAUCAAAAGCCGAUGUAUGUAAUUGGUUUGAGAAACAGAUUCAGCAACUUGGUCUAUUGAAUUUGAAGGACACACUCUAUUUUCCUCAAGCUACAGAUUCUCAACUCAAGGAGCUGCUUCCAAAGGGGACUCGUUCUCUCCUCGUACAGCCGCUGCUGCGGUCUCCUGACCCAAGUUACAAGGAGAACACACCAAAGAAUGAGGGUUUUGUCCUGGUGGCUUCUGGCAACAGUUAUGCUUAUGAUAGUAAAGACAGAGCCUGGAUCAGAGCAGUUGCGGGCAAAUUUAGAGUUGACUCCGAAGGGAAACAGCAGCAACAUGCCCCCUAGCAACACCACAUCUAAUGGAACUCAAUUACACAUGGAAGUAGCUGUGGAUUUCUCUGAUACUUCAGCGUAUGAGGCAACGGUGUGGAUAAGCAUGGUAUUUGAACUGAACACUACUGAACACUACUGAUAGAGAUUGGAAACUAAUCUGGAAGCUAAAAGUAUUUGUACGUGGAUAAGCAUGGUAUUUGAACUGAACACUACUGAUAGAGGUGCAAUCCUUAGGGAUAAGGCAUGGUACGUGGAUUGCGGGAUGCACCCUUUAGUUUGUUGCUUCUAAUGCAAUGCAAGCCAAGACUAAAGCUCUGGAGAUGGGUCUUGAAUGGGUUCACAACAAAUGUAUUGAGAAUCUGAAAAUCCAUACCGAUUGAGAAGAGUUAGCCAAAGCAAUUAAUGACAGAAGAUGGAGAGAAAGGCAAGAAUGCAGAAGCAUGGAGUAGUGCAAGAGACUUCUGGAGAGUUCUCACUUUAGAAGACUUGUUCAUAUCUACCGCGAACAAAACAUGGUUGCGAACUUUUUGGCUUCUUUGGCAAUUAAGGGGAAUGAGGUUUGGGUGAAGUAUAACACUCCACCUCCUAGCUGCGUGCAGUUUGUGCACAAUGAUGCAAUGGGCACGACUAGUGUGCGCCUCAUCCUUGAGACGGAGUAGUUCCUUCUUGUUUUUGUCUCCGUCCCGGGUAUCCCCCGUAUUCAAAAUAAAAAAUACAUCCUUUAUUUUAGAAACAGAAGCAUGCUUCAUCUCAACUAAAAGCCUAACUAGUAAUUG